AAUAAUAUUAAAGUAGGUAGAAGUUUCCUUACUUUCAAUUCAAAACUUCUCUCCCUUUUCGUCACAUUCAAAUUCGCACAGUCAGAGCUUCAACUAGAUUAUAAUAUCAGACUGAGGAACAGGCGAAAAACUACUCAAUGCUACAAUUAUUCACUAUUGUAUUCACUUCAGAGUUGCUUUUGUUAUUGACGAGAAGCUGGUUUUUAGGCUUUAUUGUUUAGGAAAAAGAGUGGAAGUAAAAUUCUUUUUUUUAGAAAGACGCACGAGGGGGAAACUGAGAGGGAAGAACUAAAAUUUGUAAUGGAGCAGUAUGAAAUUCUCGAGCAGAUUGGAAAAGGAUCUUUUGGCUCUGCUCUUCUUGUGAGGCAUAAACAUGAAAGGAAAAAGUAUGUACUGAAAAAGAUCCGGCUUGCUCGUCAGACUGAUAGAGCACGUAGAUCUGCCCAUCAGGAGAUGGAGCUUAUUUCAAGGGUACGGAAUCCGUUUAUUGUGGAGUACAAAGAUUCUUGGGUGGAAAAGGGUUGCUAUGUUUGCAUUAUCAUAGGAUACUGUGAAGGAGGAGACAUGGCAGAAGCUAUAAAAAGGGCCAAUGGUGUUCCUUUUCCUGAAGAGAAAAUUUGUAAGUGGCUUGUUCAACUCCUUAUGGCACUUGAUUACUUGCACGCCAAUCAUAUUCUUCAUCGUGAUGUCAAGUGCUCAAAUAUAUUUUUGACAAGAGAUCAAGACAUACGUCUAGGUGAUUUUGGCCUUGCUAAAAUGUUGACUUCUGAUGAUCUCGCAUCCUCUGUAGUCGGAACUCCCAGUUAUAUGUGCCCUGAACUUCUUGCUGAUAUACCUUAUGGAUCCAAGUCAGAUAUUUGGUCUCUUGGAUGCUGCAUAUAUGAAAUGUGUGCCCAGAAGCCUGCAUUUAAAGCAUUUGAUAUGCAGGCUCUGAUUAACAAAAUAAAUAAGUCUAUAGUGGCUCCUCUUCCGACUGUGUACUCAGGCGCAUUCCGAGGGCUUGUCAAAAGCAUGCUACGGAAAAAUCCAGAACUUAGACCCAGUGCUGCAGAGUUGCUCAGUCAUCCGCAUCUUCAACCUUAUGUCCUUAGAAUUCAUCUAAAAUAUAAUAGCCCCAGACGGAAUACUUUCCCAUUACAAUUUUCAGAUUCCAACAUCAUCAAGAAAACUAGAUUCAUGGACCUGGAUACUGUUUCCAUUCGCACUGGUGGUGAGAAAAGGCGGUCAUUCAGCAAUGAUAGAGCCUUGAAUCCAACUGCAUCUGAAACUGAGCAAGACUUCCCAUCUUCUACUGACAGAGCUCGGGAAUUUGGAAGUUAUUUGAAUAAAAAAUUCAGAGAAUUAUCAUUUGGCGUAGUCCAUGAGGAGAUUGGCGUUGACAAGACAACAUCCAUUAAAUUCUCGAAUGUUGGUAAAACCCCUAGGCUAACACCAGCAAAAAUAUCUGCUACUCCCAGAAGACAGACAACACCAUCUAAGAUACCACAUGUUGGUUCAAAACGUGAUUCGUUGCCGAUUUCACAUACUCCGGUGGGCAAAACUUCCCACACUACACGCAGAGCAUCUCUUCCAUUGACCACAAGAGCUGGAACCUUGGAAACUCCUUGUAGAGCUAAGGUUUGCAGCAGCAUGAAGUCUCCAGAUGUUUCUGUCAAUGCCCCACGAAUUGACAAGAUCGCUGAAUUCCCCCUGGCCUCAUCUGAAGACCCCUUCUUUCCCAUUCCUCGAACCUCAUCAACAUCUGCAGUGUGUUCUUCUUCUUCACCAUACAGUGUCGAUUGCUCAAUUACAAAGGACAAGUGUACGGUACAGGUUCUAGAUAGAACCACUACCAGGACAAAUUUCAUUGAUGCAAGCCAUGGAGUUGCGUGGAAUGGAAGUGAAUGCUCAGAGCAUAAUCUACCAAAUGGUGUUUCAAGUCGUUCAUCCUUUGAGGCACAGAACCGGCGGUUUGACACCUCGUCAUACCAACAACGUGCGGAGGCAUUGGAAGGGUUGCUGGAAUUCAGUGCUAGGCUUUUGCAACAACAGAGAUUUGAAGAGCUUGGAGUGCUGUUGAAGCCAUUCGGGCCCGAGAAGGUUUCGCCCAGGGAAACUGCCAUCUGGUUGGCUAAAAGCUUCAAAGAGACUGCAGUUUAGCUGAAAUGCGAAUAGCUUAUGGAUUUCACCUCUUGUAUAGUUUUGUGUGUUGCUUACUAAGGAUUUUUGGUUUAAGCCGAGUCUUCAAAACCGAAAACCAAUGAGGAUUGGAAUCUUACCAAUCCCAGGAGAGCUUGUGUUUGGAAAUUCAAGAUUAUUGAAGAAAGAUGAAGAUGGAACGUUUUCUUAAAUUAUCUUUACAUUGCCUGUAUCAAACUAUAUUUAUAUAUAUAAUCGUUUUGUGGGUAAGAUGAUUUAUUUAUAUAAUGCCUAAGAAACAUUAGAAAUCCA